GGAUAUUUCUAGAAGCUUAGAUACGUACUAUUAAUCCUGAAAAGCUAUUUGAUGGCAAUAUUAACUCUAAUUCUGAAUUAACCUUGAUCAUUUAUAUUAUAAGCAUAAACCACUCAGAAUGUCGCUGUGAAGUAGUAGUUGUGGCUUGAAUCAUAAUAAGAAGAAUGUCUCCUUGUUUUAAUUUGCGAUUUUUUCGCUUUAAAGAGAGAGAGAGAGAGACGAUUACAAAUUAUUAUCUUUUCCAUCAGUUCCUAAUUUUACUAUAAAUACAAUUUCAAUUGGACUUUAAAUUUGAAUUUAAUUGGAGUUUUAUACAAUAGAUUCAUAGUAUAACUUGUUAUUCAUUAGAUCUCCCGAGGAAUACUUUAUCAAUCUUGUCAUUUCUCAUAUACCAUAUAAACUCAUAUAUUUAUCAUGUCCCAUCAAUAUCAUUUCGAAGUUACCAUGUCUUGUUCAGGAUGUUCAGGUGCUGUCAAUAGAGUCUUGACUAAAUUAGAUGGUGUUUCUAAAUUAGAUAUCUCCUUGGAAAAACAAUCAGUUGAUGUCGUCACUGAUUUAGAUUAUGAUACUAUCUAUAAUACUAUAGCUAAAACUGGUAAAAAAAUUAAUGAUGGUAAAAUCAUUCAAUAGAUUAGGAUAAUGUAUCUAUAUAUAUAUAUAAGGUU